GGAGUCCAUCGACCUGCAUUCCCUCAUGCAGAACGGCUUCGAGCUCGUGGCGAGUCCGACCAGCCUGCUGGAGCGCCUGCGGGCGCUCCUCCGGGACGGCCUGUCCGUGGGGGAGCGGAUUUUGCGGCUCGUGGGGCCCAGCGGCAACCUCCGGGGACGGCGUGGUCAGGCGCUCGCAUCGGGGCCCGAGUCUUCCCGCGACGUCGGGGUGGUGACGGCCAACACAUCGGCAACGGCGGCAAGGCCGGACAUCGCCCAGGGAUCUCUGGAGACGCACCUGGUGCGCGCCAGCGACGAGGCUUGGCAGCCGGCGGUGGUGCCCAGGCUGUACGCCUCCCUGGCGGUCGUGUCCACGCUGCUCGUGGCUGGCCUGAAGUGCGCCCAGGUCUUCGGCGGGUCGGUCUGUGGGUUCCGGGCCGCCAAGGCGCCCGCCCCAGGCGACGACGUGGCGGGGACGCGCGUGCAGCUGGCUGCUGCCGAGGUCUGGGGCCCGGUGCCUCGGCUGCUUCCCGAGCAGCCCGCUGGGAAGGUGCUCUCCUUCCGCGAGCGCCUCGCCGAGCUCGCGGCGCCGCCGCCGCUGCAGGGGCGCCCCUUGCUCGCCUGAGCGCCAGCGCUGCGCGCGGCGCCAGCAGCCCGCUGCCGCCGCCGCCUCGCGCCUGGCACCGCCUCUUCUCGGCGGCGCAAAAGACACGCCUUCCUUUAUGCUGUGGAUCGGUAGAGAUCAGGCCCCAGGGAAGACCUGCUGGAGCCCAGGACCCUCUAGGCGGGACUGCUGGCCGAUCCCGGCAGCCGCCGGGGGCCCGAUGUAGCAAUUCGUUCGUGAGGCAUCACACUGCGCUCUGGUCUUCAAUGGAUGAGCAGAGCUGGGGAGUUGUGCAACGCUUCCGCCUGGACGCAAAUUCGCUCUUUCUUUCGGUCUCGCACUUUACGAUUUGCUCAGCCGCUUCGCGCGUUCCGCCAAGGCAUGCUGUAUCAUCGAAGCUGUUUGCCUGCGUGCUUGUGGUGUGGCUGGGUGGUUGUACUUUCCCCGAAGUGCUGUGGG